GUUUUGACAAGUUCAAUUUUUAUAGGGUUAUGAACUUAUUUUGUAACAUUUUUGUAACAAUCAUCUGCUACAUAAUUUCUACACGGUAUCAGCAGUGUAAAGUGUAACUGACCUCACUUAAAUUAUAAAUGUAAUUUUAGCACAUUGACCAGAUGAAGAUUGCGAACAGUGAAACAAAGCCCUCGACAUCACAAAGGCCACAUUCACAAAAGAAAAACAAUACUAGGCUAUUAGUAAUGUAAUUAAAAUAUCGUUGAGAUCAAAGUUGAAUCUUGGGAGGUGCGAAUGACCUUCCAAAUGACGAUCCUUUACCAAAAUAAAGUGUGUGAUACUGAAAGGGAUGAUGUGGAUAGGAUCCCUUCAAAGGACAGAGUCACAAACUGGGACAUAGCAGGGUUUGUGAUAUCCAUUAUCAGUCACAUAGUGGAUGUGUUCUUUGAUUGUAACAUAGCAUACAGAUAUUAUGCUAGUGCACAAUUGGGGUAUUUUUGUGCCACUGUGGCCUUUAUUAUAAUACCAGCAAUGAUAAAUACUGCUUUCAGUAUUCGGAUGUAUGUGCUAGACCAUGAAAAUACUAACAGAGGUACUACAUUAACAAAACGCUUAACGAAACGCCGUAUUUGCUGCAUAGUGGUACUACUUUUCCAACUUGCCCCAGUACUAAGGUACUUUGAUGCCCUUCAGUAUGCGAUAAAAUCAAAGAAAGCAGAGAAAAACAAAGAUGUAGAAAACCAAAGAAAAUAUUAUGAUCUGAUGGUGAAGGAAGACUCGGAUGUGGCUCUGCUGAGGGUGCUGGAGUGCUUCUUAGAAGCCGCGCCACAGCAGACGCUGCAGCUCUCCAUUAUUUUCCAUAGUCGGGGGAAAGAGAUUGAUGGGAGUACCUUUACACUCGUUCAUCAAUUGCUAAGUAUCGGGAGUUCCUUUGUUAGUAUGGCCUGGUCUAUGGCCUCCUACCAACGAUUGUUACGGGUGGCCUUGAAGACAAAACACAACAUUUCUUGGGCUGGGACUAUUGUACAGUUUAUGUGGCAUUUUUUAGUUACAGUUUCGCGCAUCUUGUGCAUCAGUGUGAUAGCUACGAUCUUCCCUGCCGAGACAAUCCUGGUGCUGAUCGGCCAUUGGUUUGUGAUGACCAUGUGGCUUUCGCUAACCAGCAGCAAGAACAAUUUCUGUGACCACAAUGCCCUCUAUAAUUUCUUGUUCUACUCCAUUUUCGGUGCUGUCUACGUGUUCACGCACGUGGUACUCGUAGAAGGUCCGACCUUCACGAAAUACCUCAUCUUCUAUAGCAUCCUCUUCGCCGAAAACACCAUAGCUAACGUGGUUUGGAUCGUCACUGCGGACGAGACUUUGAAACAGAUGGUAUACUAUCUUCCAAUUAUUUUUUUGAAUGUGAUUCCUUUCAUUUUCGGGAUAUUCUUUAUGCUGCUUUAUUAUAAGGUAUUUCAUCCCAGCACGGGGUAUAAUAGGCAGCCGCAGCCGAAUGUGAAUCAUAGUUAAUUUUUUAGUAACUUAUUUGUUUUGAGAGAUUCUAGUGAUUGAUAUCUGAACACUGCACUUUCACUUCUACGAUUGCCCAAAUGUGCUUUAGGUCCAGUAUUUAUGAUGAUGUUUAUGUAUGUAUAAGGGUCAAAACCAAAAUUCUACAACCUGACUUCGCCGGUCAUAUCUCAAAUCGGGCAUAUUUUUUUCCUGGAGAGUAUGAGGCUUUGUAAAAUGUUGACACUUUUUUUUGCUACCUCUGUCAUUGUCACAUGGAAAGUCACAACAUGUUAUGUCUCAAACUUCAGGUAUUAACUCAAAAAAUUUUUUCUCACAACUCGGGGGAAUCAAUUAUGGUAUUUAAUAAUUCAAAAAUAAAGCACAUGUCCAUUCUUUUAUCUUCAAGCAGAAAACAAACCAAUUAACCUCAUCUAUAUUGUAGAUACCAUAAAAACUUGUCUUGUAUGGCUUUUUUGUGAAUCUCUUGAUGAUGGGCUCCAGACAAACAUCUUCCAAUUACUGUUUUACUAAUGAGGCAAAAUGGUAAUUUAAAUUAAUAAACAGUAGAUGCCUAGGUCUUUGAUUACAUUCACACCAGGUAGUGUAUUAUCUUUGAUUAUGUAAGUUUACAUAAAGCAGUUCUUAAGGCGAGUAAAAACGAUAUACGAACAUUUAUUAUAAUUCAUUUUCAAAUUACUCAACUGAUACCAUUGUACCAAAAUAUUUAUAUCUUCAUGAAGCAUAUCACAGUUCUGUCGGAUCUAACACACCUAAAGAGUUUUAAAUCAACAGCAUCAAGUAAAUAAUUUGAUUUGAAAAGGCGGGCAAUAUCUCUAACAAAAACAUGGAAUAGUCUGGGGCCAACUUGAGAUCCUGAAGAGUAUGACAUUUGAUGUAGGAAGACAAAAAUGACACAUUCAUCCAUAAUUAGCGAGUUUAUUCAAUAAAAUUUCUUGAUCUGUAGGGUCAACAGUUUUAUUGAAAUUCGUGUGUAAAACAUGCAUAAAAACAGUUUUGUGUAGAUCUUCCCUCUACAAAACCAUACUGAUACUCCAUAACUAUAUUUUUUAAACAAUAUUGAAGAACAGGCAAUUUUUCAAACCCCUUUGGCAUAGCAGACUCGUGGAAUUUUAGUUUGAUCCAACUUCUAUUGCGUGAUUUUAAAAUUUUCGACCAGUGUUAAUUAAUAAGCAAAAGUCUAAAAGACGAAUAGAGUGAACAUUAGAUUUUGGGAAAAUUUAUGGUAUGUUUGUGUCUAAUCAACACUGUCGCCAAUGAAAUCAAAUGUAAAAUCAGAAAUUUUAAUUUAAUGGUACUGGCGCCACACACCAAAUUUACAAGAUAUAAAUUAAGUCUGAUUUACUAUUUAAUAUGUUUGGGUGAUUGGGCAGUUCUUAGAAUCUUGAACAAAAAGUUGCAAGUCGUUGAAUCUUAAAGUGUAUACAUUAUUUUUCACAACCGCCUUGCAGACUUUCAGGAAUUAUGAAUUUAGUAGUUUAUUAGGCAUAGCGUACUUUUGUCCCUCAGUUAUCACUUGAUAAUUUUGACGUUUUUACUCCCCACGCCUACUGGAGAAAACUAUAAGUUCGCCAAUUUUGGCCUGAAAACCAAGGUUGAAAUCGCUUUAAAAUAAACAUGUCUCAAAAUACUCUUCUAGGUAGAGCAAGGUUUUAACUUUAAUUUAGAUAUCUGACGACUCUAAAAAUUAUAAUUUUUAACCGCGUUUUAUAGGAUUGAACAUUCUCGCACGGUAACCCAGAUCAAAUUUGUUUAAACAAUUUUUUUGUCCGGACAAUUUCUGUUUAGGUUUUUUGAAUCGUUCGGUUGAAAAAAGGUUUCCAUUAACUUUUCUCUAAAGCUGACCAUUAUCGAGUUAUAGAACAUUUAUUGUCUGAAAAACCCUAAAAAUGGGUAUAUUCAGUGCUUAAAAACUCGUUUAAUAAUUUCAUUCUUGAGGUCUCCAAGUAGCUAUAUUAAAGACAAAACCUUGCUCUAAAAGACCCCAAAGACUAUUUUGAGAUUAUUUUAUUUUAAAGCGAUUUUUAACUUUGUUAGACCAACAUUGGCGAACUUUUGGUUUUCGUAUACUGUACUGUAAUCGCGAAAAAGAGCUAUUUUGUUUUUUGGAGAUUAUAUGACAUGUACAUCAUAAAAUCAUGUCACUCGAUUCCGUAACUGUUAAUGGGCUGACUUUUCUCUCAGAAGGUCUAACCUGUGCCGAAAAUGAACUGACGACAACGUUGCGUGGGAAGUACAGCGUCAGUCUACUCGACGCCUUUUUUUAUUGUGUAAUAGGCUCGUAUCUCAAUUAGCAGAAAUUCGUUCCUAAAAAUGUCUUCCACUUCCAUCAAUAACAUCGAGUUUCAAGCGGUUGUACUAAUGAUGGUAUGGAAGGAAUGUGUAGCAAAACGUAAUAUCUGUACUGUUUGUAGCAAUCUUACAUUUAAUAUAGGAGCAAUCAGCGCUCCUAAUGCCUUCUGUAACGCAUCAAUAUAAUUGAUAGCAAUACAAGUUGGCGACACGCCUUUAUAUUUAAGAAACACAGAUAAGCCUACCAUUUCUUCAACUACAAAUUAAUAUCGAUCACUUUUGAUGUGAAAUAUUUUUAUAAUGAAUAUAUCAACGACUUUGUAGUUGAUUACAACAACAUUAGAAAUAAAUGUCGUUCCUACGGAUUUUUACACCCGCAAUAUAUCAUGGAAAUAGUCAUAGAGAAUGAAACGUCAAUUAAGUACUGCGGAUCGUUAGAUCGUCUUCCAUCAGGUUUUUGGAAUCUUUUUUUCUGUGAUAGUUGGUAAAACUUUUUGUGAUGAUCUGUUCUGAUACAUGCUUCUAUUAGUAUUUUAGAACUUGUUGAGAAAUCAAUUGAACCCUAUUGAUGUUUCGAGUUUAAGACUAGGUAUUCAAAUUUAUCUGAGGUAUGCUUUAACUUAACCCACUUCUUUUUUGCUAACCUUUUUGAUACCAAAUAUCGUAGAAACGUCAUUAAUGUGGAUAUAAAAAUGAAUCCAGUAGCAUUGAUAUUUUUGAGUAAAUAAGGGAAAAACAUGAAAUUGGAUUAACAAGCACGUAUUAACCAGAUACCAUCACAAGAAAGGUGACAAACAACCACUUAAAAAAUGAGACUACAAAAGCCUGAGGAGUUAUCUUAAAAUGAUUGUGAAAUUUUGAUGAAUACCUGUCAUUCUUCAUGUGAAAAUUGAAAAACUGCGAUGUUCUUGCCAACUUAGAUGGAGAUUACAAAAAAAUCGCAUUUUAGUCUCAGAUCCCAUAACACUAUCGAUUCUCAUAGAUACAUGGAUCAAAUUCAGUGUAUAUCAAAAUAGAGAAAGUAAGAUUCACAUAUUGGCAGCCUAUCGCAAAUGCAUUUAAUUCAGUUCAAAUGUUGAGGAUUCUGAUACAUCUUUGACUGAAAUCUCACUAAAAAUACUUGCUGAAAAUGUUUGUCACAUUACUAUCAAGACGUCUUAGGGGUCAAGCUUUACAGGGUACGGACUACGUGAUGUCUAACUUUCGCAAAGACAUUUCCAUGGUUAGGUGAACUUGAUGGAGGCAUUCUUUGGUUGAGUUGCCAGUCAAAAUCCUGUCAAAAUCCUACCUUUGUACUUAUAUCAAACGUACUUACGGCAGGCAGCUGAUAGGCAACCCUAACGUAAAUAUUAACCAAUCUUGACAUAAACCGCAUUAUUGACAGUAUUUCUGUCAGAUUUUCUUGCCCGAAGUGUGAGAUCUUUUAGAGAUGCGGCAUACUCACUGAAACCUCUCAGUCGUUCGCUACUCUUACCAUCAUGCUAAUGCUGCAACAUUUCAUCAUGGUAGAUAGCGUUUAGAGAGUAUGAGAGUAGAUAAAGUGUUAUGAUACAUAUCUAGGCUUAAUAAUAAUGUGGCCAGACAUAUUGAAUUGAACAAAUUGUAUGCCUUAUAAUUUCGCAAUCAUUUCUUUAUGAUAUCAGGUCAAUUUCACAUGUGUGCACCAACCAGUAACAAUAGCUGCCUUUAUAUGGAAACAACUGUGGUAAAAGCUAUAGAAGCAUAUUGUAAUUUAUAGCAUAUAUAGUGAUUGUACUCAUUUGGUACACUGUUAGUUUAAUUUAUAGGAAAAUAUACUAGAAAAGUUGGUUCAAAAUGCAAUAUAGUGCGGCAGUUUCUAUGGAUUUCAGAAUCAUUUUAAUUGUACUGUUUUCAUAUGACUGUUGAAACUUGGGUUAUUCUUUUUUAAUAAAUAAAGCUAACAUUUGGUUGAACAGUAACAGAAAAGUAAAAGAAACCAAAGAAAAAUACUCAUUGUUAGAUUCAAAAAUUUACAAUACCUAUUUGGGGUUGUCAUAUUGAAACUCUGGUACUAAGAAAAUCUGCGUGAUUUCACCAGAACCAAAGAGUAGUUAUACCAAGAGAAGAGACUUCGAAGAAUGUCGUUAUAAUUCGCCGGCGGCCUCAUUGACCUUGGGAGUCUUCUGCAUUAUAGUAGGGAACCCUAUCGCAAAUUGUUUGUUACAUCAAUCGCGUACUGAUGUGAUACGAUAAAAACUAGUCACAUUUUCCGUAGUUUGAUACUAAACAGGAAACUCGGCAAAUUUUUUGCUUUAGCAUCAAAAUACGUAAGAUUUGACUAGUUUUUAAUAUUCAAUAUCAGUAAUCAAUGUAACCCCUGCGGGCGGCUUUUAGACUAAUAUUGGUUUAAAAAUAAAAACAGUGCCUAUGUGCGGACCCGUCCUUGGUUUGGCGAUUCGCUCAUACAUAUAUACAGAGCGGAAUGUAAUUCAGAUCAUUUCUUUUGGUAGUUACGUCAAAAAAUUAUGAAAUAAGUAUUAGACAUAUCGUCUUAAGGCCAGGCUGUCUAGGUAACUGGCAAUUAUAUCGAGUACACCGACGAUUGAACAAAUAAGUAAUUUGAGGUCAUAAAACUUUUGAGUUUCAAGCCGUUUGUUCCUCUUUUAUUACUAAACUAAAUUGUGUGAUAUUCCGCGUAAGGCCUCAAACGUGGAAUAGCUAUGUGAUAGCUUACAGCAGGUUUUGAGGACAACUUAUUUCGCAAAAAGUGCGAUUUAUAACUUUAUUGACUAAAAAAUAUGUUUCGUAGGCUGCAAACGGAGGGAAAGUAUCUUCACCAUGAAUAAAUGUCCAAACAAAAGUAACUUGAAAAAAAAUGUGAUCCAAAAAGGAUUAUCCGUCUGGCAACAUCGCAUUUAUCUCCGACUAAAUAAGCACGUGCUUGGAUGCCAUCAGCUGUUUUGUGGACGCCAUGUUUUUGGAGUCAUCUUUUCUCUAAUAUUAUUCUCUUAUGUAACUGCCCUUUGCCAGAACUAUACGUGUUGCAAACACCUAUUAAGAACACUAUAUAUAUAUAUAUAUAUAUUUAAUAUAUUCAAUGAACCUAAGUUUAUUCUAGUUGCAUUUUGAAACUGACUUAUAUUGUACAUUCAAAGCCUCAUUUAUAAGUAAGUUGCUUUGAGAUGCUAUGCUGUGUGAUUUUUUUAUUAUUCUCAACACUUUUAUUUUGUGAUAUUUAGUGUUUAGAUUUUCACAUUUUUUAUAUGUUUGCAUUACAUGAAACGUAAAGAUAUAUUUAGGAGUAAUAACAGAAGGUGAUCUUCAAAUAUGAAGGUAUUCCACAUUCUUCACAUAUGAAAUAUUACUUCCCUGGAAUCCUGCUAUUUGAAAAUCAGUUUAUUGAUAUUAUUUAUCAUGCGUAUGCAUCCAUAAUAAAAAACUAGCUAAUACCUGAAAAAACGAACGCUUGUAAUUAGACACAUUUUAAUCUUAUCUAAUUUUAAAUAUAUUAGAAUAUUUGCUUUGCAUCAAAUUAUUAGUAGAAUGGGAUAGAUGUGCGAGAUUUUAUUUUUGUCGUUUGUAAUUUGAUAAAAGACGCAUUGAUGUGACCCUUAAAAUAGUCAAAAUGGUAUCUGCUAACAGUGAGUUAUUGAAGAACAAUCGUUGCUCUAUGAGGCAUUAACAUUUGUCUUCCAUUUAAUAAUAACAAUUAGUAAAAAAAUCAAUUAUGUGAAAUUGUCUUUAAAACCUUUCUAUUAUCUUUGUGAAAACAUACUACUUUAAUAUUUUGAAAUAUAAAUAGCUGCUAGGUAAAUAAAAUGUUGGAAAACGGGGGUCACUUAAUACCUACAUGUAUACGAUUUUUUUGGAUGACCGCAUCCGCAACAGAAACAACUUGAGACAAAAGAAAAUUUGGAGCUGGCUGGAUUAGAACCCGCAUCCCCUCUAUUCGGUAGAGCCGACCAAACGAAUUAAUAUACAGCACCACUGCCAGCCUACUUUCAGAAUCGACUGUUAGAGGCAAAUUCAAUCCUACCCACACAACUGUUUCUUUGUUUUUUCAAGCUAUUUGAUGCUGCAUCUGGCCGCGUUAAAGUGCAACAAAACGGAUCGGUAAGGUAUCUCCAACCUGUUACUGUCCUCGCACAAUGGUACCUUGGCAAGUACCCGCGAGGCGGCGUGGUGCAACCAGAAACUUACCAAUCCGGUUUAUUUCACUUGAGAAGCGGCAUCAAGCAGCUUAAAAGUGCAAACGAAGAGUGGCGGAGGUAGGAUUGAAUUUGAACAGUCGAUCCUUAAAGUUGGUUGGCCGCUGGUGCUGUAGACGUACUGGUUAAGUUGGCGCCACGGAAUGGCGGAAAUGCUGGUACGAAUCCGGCCUGCGCCCAUCUUUACUUGUUCUCAAGUUUUUAAAUAAUACCUACCUUACCUAUGAAAUUUUAUAUUGUGACACUAGUCCAGUGAUUUUUUGUUGAAAUGAUACAUACACGUACUUAUUUUUUGGGCAUAUUCUGCAAGAUCUUCCAACAUCUAUCCUGCGAUUUAAAAUGUGUCAUUAGAAAAUUAUAUAAUUUAAUGACAAUCUAUACUACUAGUCUUCGUCAAUGGUCUCGAUACAAAACAAGUAAUAUUAAAUAAUGUAAUUAUUAUAUGGAAUUGUUUUGUUUUGACAGGAUUAAAUAUGCUAUUUUUAUUUUAGGUGGUUUCGAGCUUUAACUAUCCUCAUUUCUGUUACAAAAAACUAGCUUUCUGUCAAUUUCAAAAGUUUUGAAAUUUUGAGCGCUAAUUAAAUCGUUCAAGAUACCAAAAUUAAUGAAUAUUGAGCUUUGGCCUAACUUUAACUGGUUAAUUGCUUAGCAAUAUUUUGAUUAAAACCAGUUGAUUUGUUCCACAUAUUGUUUACUAUUUAUUAAAAGUCCAUCCAUACUAUAGGGAUGAUCAGAGCUGUUAUGACAUGUUUCAAAAAUAAUGGAAGUAGGUUGGCUUAGUACAGAUUUAUUAUAAUGUGCUUCAAGGAAUUUGUGCAAAAAGUAUGUAGAUGUUGAAGACAAUUCACACCAGUACAUUUUUAGGAAAGCUUAUUUUAUAACAGAUCUUAAACUAUAUAAUCUUCAGAAUCUUGCUAUCCCUUCGUAUCUGUUCACGAUCUCAAAAUAUGCUGAAAAUGUUUAACUAAAGCUCUUACUUAUUUUAAAGCUGUGGUAAAGGUCAUAUUUUUGGAUCAAUGUGUAAAUUACAUUUCUGUUUGAUCGAGAUUCUUAAAUAUUUUUGUAUGUAAAGCUAUAGGAAAUCUAAAACAAGAUAAAAACACAUUAUUAUUAUAUUAUUUGCUGUUUAUUGCUAGAUAAUAAUAAAAACAUUGAAAUUUCCUUAGGGUGAUUACAACACAGUUUAAAUACGUUUGGAAUCCAAUUAAAGUCUACUUUGCAAGUUGUUUCUUGUUUCAGAAAAUAUAUUUGUCCUAUCUUGCUCUUAUUGAUAAACAGGGCCGCCUCGCGCCCGGGCAUUUGCGAUCGCCCAUAUGGUAGAGCCAGCCCUGAGCAAUAUUCUCUAUUAUUUUUUGAACGAUCAAAAGACAUUUAUUCAAAUCAAUUCGCAGCUCUGAUUGAUCGAAUUUAAUGUAAAAAGACAUUUUAUUGGUAUACAUAUUAUUGUAUUGAUUGCAUGUAAUGAAAAAUAUAUUUAUAAGGGUAAAUAAGAAAUUACGUUUAAUGCUGCUAUCUAUAGUAGAUCUAGUCCUAACUGAAACAUCGAAAAAACGGGAGCCAUAAUAAAGUGAGAAAUCGUUGAUAUACAGGGUGUCGCAAAAGUCAUGGAUCAAACGAAUGAUGGUGAUAGAAGGGUCAUUUCCAAACAGAAAAUGUCCUUAUCCGAUUGUGCACGGUUUUUGUUGUUGCCAUUUUUAUAAAGUCGAUAUUUUUUCCACUACUAUUUCUCAAUCUGUUUUACAGGAUAUGUUCCCAAAUGAUGUCACGUUGAAAAAAGCUGUUAGUGAAAAAUUAGUACAGGUAAUGUAGGUACAGCAAUCGGCUAAACUGUAAUUUAGUUUGCUGUCAUAAAUACUAUAGCAUAUUUAAUAAGUGUCCCAUACAAUUAGAGGUCAGAUAAGGUGUUCAUAGCUAUGGAAAACUUCUAGAUAUGAUGGUAUUACAAAAUACCUGUUAUCAUAUAUCCUAAAUAGUUGUGCAAAAAAGACAAAUGCGGCAGGUGUACCCUAAAUUUCGAGAAUUCACAUUUUGCGAACUCAAUCCUAUAAACGCUAUUGUCAGCCUUCUACAUGCCGAAUAAGAUGAGAACAAUUAAGGGACCAUAAUCCUUCAAACGUGAAUGAUUUCUAGGUCUAAACAAUCCAAUAGAUGGCGGUUUUCACAUAAUUUUGGGUAAUAUAAGUUUAUAUUACAGAGAAGAGAGUGCCGUAUUUUCUUAUUCAAUAAUCGCACUUAUCAGUUUUGUAAUCCAAGCAGAAGAUCGGAACAGUAAUUAGCCUAUAGUUAGUCCACUCUAGUCUUUUAAGUAAAAUCAUGAUAAGUUAUUAAGCAUUCUCAUUCUGUGGGCUACCUCUCGCCUAUAUGUACGUAUGUAUGGUUUUACACUUUAUUAGCCGGCUCCUCUUUUUUCACUGCUUCAAUCAGGAUUAGAUCUACCUACAAUACCAAAAGAAUUGCCGAGGUAAAUAACAAUUAAGUAGCAGAUUGUAAUGAAGAACGAUAUGGAACCGCAGUUUUUCGCCAUACUGUUGAUAAAAAAUAGACUACAGAAAUCUAACGUCGCAUAAAAUCGUGUAGUAUGUCUAAAAAUUACCUGACUUGGGCAUCAACAAGUUUAUGAUACAAUCAUUAUAUGUAUAUUUUGUAUCAUGUUUUGAGUACUUUAGGUUGAAGGAGAAUUUUAUGGAUUCUCACACUUAAACCAAAUAUCAUUCAAAAAAAUGCAAUUACACCUCCAUAAAUAUAUUUUUCAGAUUGAAUUAUCCAUGUUUUUAUAUUAUUUUUUGUUCAGGUAUAGCAAAACACUUGUGCCUUAAUUUUUUUUAUUCAGUAUAUUUGGAACCAUUGUUUUACAUGUCCAAUCAAGUUAUAUACAUA